UUUCUCCGCCUUUAUUCCCCUCCCACCUCCCCCUCUUCUCUCCUCCACCUAUCCGCCGCCUCCCCGCCCCAACCCACGAACCCGCAGGCGCAUCGCACCGAGCUCAGCGGAGGAGAUGGUUGGGCCAGGCCUCUACACCGAGAUCGGCAAGAAGACCAGGGAUCUGCUCUACAGGGACUACCAGACCGACCACAAGUUCACCCUCACCACCUACACCGCCAAUGGCGUCGCAAUUACUGCUACAAGUUCAAAGAAGGCUGAUCUGAUAUUUGGUGAGAUCCAAUCACAGAUAAAGAACAAGGGCGUCACUGUUGAUGUGAAGGCAAACUCAGCCUCAAAUGUCAUUACUACAGUUACCGUUGAUGAGCUUGCAGCGCCAGGACUGAAGACCAUCUUCAGCUUUGCUAUUCCUGAUCAGAGAUCUGGAAAGCUUGAGCUUCAGUACUUGCAUGAUUAUGCUGGUAUUAAUGCAAGCAUUGGAUUGACUGCCAAUCCUGUAGUCAACCUAUCUGGCUCGUUUGGAACUAAUGCUCUAGCUGUUGGUGCUGAUGUUUCACUUGAUACUGCCACGAAGAAUUUCACCAAAUACAACGCUGGUCUUAGCUUCACUAAUGAUGAUCUCACUGCAUCCCUGAACCUGAACAACAAGGGAGACAGCCUCACCGCAUCCUAUUACCACUUUGUUGAGAAAUCCACAAAGACAGCUGUUGGAGCGGAGCUGACCCACAGCUUCUCAAGCAAUGAGAACACCCUCAUCUUCGGUACCCAGCAUACUCUGGACCCACUCACCCUUGUGAAGGCCCGCAUCAACAACUCUGGCAAGGCCAGCGCUUUGAUCCAGCACGAGUUCAGGCCAAGGUCUCUGUGCACAAUCUCAGCAGAAGUCGACACCAAGGCCAUCGAGAAGAGCUCGAAGGUUGGCAUUGCAGUGGCCCUGAAGCCUUGAUUACCAAUCAAGCCUCCCGUAAUCUCAGAUAUGUACCCCAGUUUUGGUCGAAAUUGGGGAGAGUUGACAGUCUUCCACUUCUUUCGGUUGUUGCAGUCUGUAAGAUUCAAAGAACUGCUGUGUUUCAUUCCGAGGAAUUUUGUCUUGGUCAUUGUAGUACCUGUCCAUUGAGCAACCUUCGCAAUAAUUCAAGCUCUGUAAUUUGGAACUUGCUUCACAA